CGCAAUCCCGGGAUCGGUACAGGUUCGCGCGAUCGAGUGAAACACAGCCUGCAGUUCCAAUGCACGUGCGGUGGAUAUCUGUCAGUUUGUUAUCAGUGUGUCUGGUGCUACUGUACGGUGAUUGUGUUAGCGGUCAACAGAGCUCCCCAAUCGUGGUGAUUGAUGGUCUCGGCUCGGUACAAGGAACGCGGGGCCGUACGGCUUGGACCGAUCGUGAAAUUUACAAAUUUUACAACAUCCGAUAUGCGGAAGCACCCAUCGAGCAGCAGCGGUUCCGCAAUCCAUUGCCUGUGAGACCAUGGAGCGGAGUGUACAAUGCUGUUUACCCCGGGAAACCAUGUCCCCAGCUAGGGUUGAACGGUACCAGUGAUUCGACGGCGGAGGAUUGUCUCACACUUUCGGUGUACACCCAAAAUCUAACAGCCAAUCGUCCUGUUAUGGUGUACAUUCACGGAGGUUCUUUCGUUGUGGGGGCCGCUUCCCACUACGAACCAGACUACCUGCUCGAGAAGGACAUCGUGCUAGUGUCAAUACAGUAUCGCCUUGGACCGUUGGGUUUCCUGUCGACCGGCACAGCAAACAUUCCUGGCAACAUGGCCAUGCUGGACAUGAUCAUGGCCCUUGAGUGGGUAUCCAGCUACAUACGAUUCUUUGGCGGUGAUAGCACAUCCGUCACCAUUUUCGGCGAGUCAGCGGGUGGUGCAGCAGUUUCUGCACUGCUGUACAGUCCAUUGGUACGGGUGGAUCUCUUCCACCGUGCCAUCAUACAGUCUGGAUCGAUUUUUUCACCCUGGGCGACCUGCAAAUCGCCCAGAGAAGGAGCACUUGAUAUUGCACGUCGCGUAAACUGUGAUCGACCGGUUGAAACUAUGGAGGAUUGUUUGCGCUCCGUGCCGGCUCUCAGACUGAUGGAAGCCUACGAAGAUCAUAAAAAUACGCAGUUCAACAUCACCGGCUAUCCGGACGUGUCCGGUGCGUGCAUUGUAAUCGGGGAAGCUUCACCAUUUAUGCCAAAACAUCCGAAAACACUGGCACGCAACGCUUUCCGGAAUAUUGAGCUGAUGGCUGGAACUACCUCGCAGGAGGGACUCAUGUUUUGGGAGGGCGUAUACAGAUACGGACUUUCCUUCAAACCAGAAAACAUUCAAUCGUCCUGGGAGCUGUUGCAGCUUAUCGAUACAAUUAACGAGCGGUUUGGAGCCAACUCUAAUGAUGGAUCUCACUCCUGGCAUCAAAUAUUUAACACCUUCCUCAGCACUGAAAUUUCCCGUGCCAACUUCACAGAACUUCUUCCAGGACUGGUGGACAUCUGUGGCAAUCUCGCUAUCAAAGCCCCGGUACUGCAAGAUGUAACACGAUUCGCUCAUGCCAAUGCCGGAAAGGUUUACUUGUACAGUUUCGACUACAGUGGCACACCGUCGAUGUACAACUUUUCUUCGGCCGAUGGAUUCAACUAUCCAUACCGUAACAAUUCAUUCCACGCGGAAGAUCUUUUCUACCUUUUCCCGCUGGGCCAGCGACUCGAUCAGCGUGAUACGGAGAUCGCUAAAACGAUGGUUGGUCUGUGGACUUCGUUCGCAAUAUAUGGCCGUCCGAUGGCAGCUGCAUUGCACCAUAACUGGAAUCCUGUAUCUCACUUUCAUGGACCUUAUCUAAAAAUCAACGAAGAGUGCGCGGAACUGCAAAACUAUUUCAAUGAGUUCUCCGCCUCCACCGACAAGGCUAGGCAUCAGCGGUCCACGGGUAGUUUGUUCCGGCUUCCGACAGUAACUCUUGCUCUAGCACUAAGUUACAGUAUAAUGAGACAUUUUGUGUAAUAAAAUCGGUUCAUUUAAAGCAGAACU